AUGAAAAUUAUUGAUAAGAUCAAAAAACACAAGGAGGAGAAUGGUGCAACAACACCUUUUUACUCGUUCGAAUACUUUCCACCCAAGACAAUGGAGGGUGUCCAAAACCUCUAUGAUCGUCUUGGUCGUAUGUUGCUGCUCGAGCCAUUGUUUGUCGACAUUACAUGGGGUGCCGGUGGCAGCACCAGCGAGUUGACACUCGAGAUUGCCGACACUGCCCAAAACAUCUGUGGUUUGGAGACGAUGAUGCAUUUGACCUGUACCAACAUGCAAGUCUCCCAGAUUGACUUUGCCUUGGCCAAAGCCAAGGAAUCUGGUGUUCGUAAUAUAUUGGCAUUGCGUGGUGACCCACCUCGUGGUGAGGAAUGGAAAAAGAUCGAGGGUGGCUUUGCCCACGCCUCUGAUUUGGUUCGUUAUAUUCGUCAACACUAUGGUGACUAUUUUGGUAUUGCCGUUGCCGGUUAUCCAGAGGGACACUCUGAUGCCACCAGUUUGGAAGACGAUCUCCAACACCUCAAGACCAAGGUCGACAUGGGUGCCGAUCUCAUCAUCACCCAACUUUUCUACGACGUCGAUAUGUUUGUCGAGUUUGUUGGCAAGUGUCGUGCCAUCGGUAUCAACGUUCCAAUCAUCCCAGGUAUCAUGCCAAUCCACACCUAUGCAGGUUUCAAGCGUAUGACCACUCUUUCAAAGACUGUUGUACCACAACAUAUUUUAGAUGCCCUUGAACCAAUUAAAGAUAACGAUGAAGAAGUUAAAAAGUAUGGUGUAAAUUUAUGUAUAGAGAUGUGUAAACAAAUGGUAGCAGCCGGAGUUGAUGGUUUGCACUUUUAUACAUUGAAUUUGGAGAGAAGUGUGAGAAAGGUUCUCAAGGGAUUAGAGAUGAUCCGUCCCGACCAAUUACAUAGAUACUUGCCAUGGGCUCAAUGCGCCAGCACCAACCGUCUCAAGGAAGAGGUUCGUCCCAUCUUUUGGAAGAAUCGUCCUCGUAGUUAUAUCUCGCGUACUGGUUCGUGGGACGAGUUCCCCAAUGGUCGUUGGGGUGAUUACCGUUCGCCGGCCUUUGGCGAUUUGUCCGACUACCAUCUCUCGUCGCACCAGUUUGAUCCAAACGCCACCAGCGCCACCAACGUCUAUGGCGACGUCCAAUCCCGUCAAGACGUCUAUGAAGUCUUUGCCAACUAUUGCAAGGGUGACAAGGUCAAGAAGUUGCCAUGGAACGAUCUCCCAUUGUCGGUCGAGUCUGAGGCUAUCAAGGAGCAAUUGGUCUUUUUGAACAGCCACGGAUUUCUCACUAUCAACAGUCAACCUGCCGUCAAUGGCGUUCCAUCCACCGACAAGACCCAUGGUUGGGGUGGCAAGAACGGUUAUGUCUACCAAAAGGCCUAUAUCGAGCUCUUUGCCUCGCCAGAAAACAUGCACCUCCUCAUCGAGAUCUUUAAAAAGUGUCCAUCGAUCACCUUCCACGCUUUGAACCGUAAGGGUGAUUCACAUACCAACACCAAGGGCACCAAUGCAGUCACAUGGGGUAUCUUCCCAGGCAAGGAGGUCGUGCAACCAACCGUCGUCGAUCACUCUUCUUUCCUCGUCUGGAAGGAUGAAGCCUUUGCUCUCUGGCAAUCUCGUUGGAGUUCUCUCUAUGACGAAAACUCUACCAGCCGUAAGGUCUUGGAUGAAAUGAUCGACAACUACUACUUGAUCAACGUCGUCGAUAAUAAUUUCGUCAAUGGUAAUAUUUUCCAACCAUUUAUUGAUUUGGUUAAUGGCAAUAUGAGUCCACAAGCUUAA